CUCCUUUCCUUAAAACUGCCUCUUUCUUCCCUCUUCUCCCCACAACUCCUACCAUUAUUAUAGACUGUAGCUUAGGCUGUUGCGUGGCUUUUUCUGCCCUCUUGUGUGUUGCGGACUCAUGAUCUGUCGUGUUAUUUUGCUUGUGUAGAUUCAUUUGCUGGUUCUGUUCUAAUCAGUACUUUAAUCUUGUUAAUAUUAUUGUUUCAUGAGGUUGAGACUUCACCAGUCUUCCUGAAAGUAGGUCAAACUUUUUUCUUUUAAUGUUGGCAAAUGCUUGGUUAACACGUGAUUUAUAGUUGGGAACCUAGUGGUGGUCAAUUUUUUCAUACAGCUGUUGUUUGAAUUUAAGUCCUGACUGAUAAUUUUAUCUCCAUCCUAUUGUUAAUUAAUUUGGUGAAGCAAGUUUGUUUUCUGAAAGCCAUGAUAUGAGUAAAUCACUCUGCGAAACUUUCUUUUCUUCAAUUUUUUGUAAACUGUUAUUGUUACGUUUUUUCGGAUAAACCUUUGACAAUCUUAUACUUGUUUCUUCAUGCUUUCUUAUCUGUUGUGAUAGUUUGUAAAUUUUCCUUUUCUCAUUGAUGCUUUUUGCUCCGUCUGCACAAUGUGGUAAUGGAAGAAGUGAGGAAAUUUAUGUAUUUUCAGCCUUUGGAUUUGUGCAUAAGAUUACUACCUUUGAAAAGACAGCAGGAUUCCAGGCUCUGGUGCAAUUUUCAGAUGCAGAGACAGCCACUUCUGCAAAGGAUGCGUUGGAUGGUAGAAGUAUACCUAGGUAUCUGCUUCCUGAGCACGUGGGACCAUGUACCCUUAGAAUCACAUAUUCCGGACAUACAGAUUUAAGCGUUAAGUUCCAAAGCCACAGGAGCAGAGACUACACAAAUCCUUACCUUCCUGUUGCUUCAUCAGCCAUAGAUGGAAGUGGACAGUUUGGUGUGGGCUUGGAUGGGAAAAAACUAGAGCCUGAGAGUAAUGUUCUUCUUGCAUCUAUUGAAAACAUGCAGUAUGCUGUAACCUUGGAUGUCUUGCACAUGGUUUUCUCUGCUUUUGGGCCAGUCCAAAAGAUUGCAAUGUUUGACAAGAAUGGUGGUUUACAGGCUCUGAUUCAAUACCCAGAUGUACAAACUGCUGUUGUGGCCAAGGAAGCCUUGGAGGGUCACUGCAUUUAUGAUGGGGGGUUUUGCAAGCUACACAUCUCAUAUUCACGUCAUACUGACCUUAGCAUAAAGGUUAAUAAUGAUAGGAGCAGAGACUAUACCAUCUCCAAUGCACCACCAGUUGUGGACACUCAACCGCCUAUAUUGGGGCAGCAUCCUGUCCCCAUGGGAGGCCAUGCUGUUCAAUACAACGGAGUUCAGUAUGCUCCUGGCCCUGAGCAGCCUGUGAUGCACCAGCCUCAGUCCGGGUGGGCUACAGCUGCUCCACCAGUACCUCAAUCUAUGCCCCCCCAUAUGCAGAAUAAUCAUUACAUGCCACCUGGCUCUAUGGCGCCGCCAAUGGCUCCUGGAAUGAUGCAGUAUCCAAGCCAUAGCUCACUCCCACCUACAUCAACAAUGCACUCCUAUGGAUCUGGUCACAACCGAUAGCAUGCCUCUCACAUGAACUUCAACUAGGCCAAGAAAUAGAGCUCCGAAAUUAGGGUUCAACUGUCCUACAGUGGCCUGACAUGAUUCUGGAUCUGCGUCGGCCGCUUUUUAUCUGCCCCCCCUCCCGUUUGUUUCUUUGUUUUUUUUUUCUCCUCAUUGAUUGAGAUUUGGAAGUUCUGUAAGCAAUUGGUGUGGACCAAUUUUUUAUUUCUAGUUGGCUCACAAAUGACAUACUAUGGAACAAGUUCAGUUUUCAUUAAUUUUCCUUUCGUUGGCUGUC